UCCCAAUUAUACACACUUGUAAUCUUAUUAUCUCCUAUAAAAACCCUAAACCCAUUUCAUGUAAUAACCUUCAUUCUUCGUCCACCCCACCAAAAAAAUAAACAAGAACCCAUCACUUUCCUUCUUUCUCGCAAGAGAGAAAAAAGAAAAAGCAAGAACGAACACAGAAAUGGCGUUUUCUUCUUCGGAUUCCGAGAACCUCACGGCGGAGAAAAUCGACGCCAUGAAGAGAUUCGAGAGAAGGAGAAAGCUACGGAAGUUUCUUCCGGUGGUCGAAGCUUUCGUCGCCGUAUGCGUUCUCUUCUCUUGGCUUAUGCCGCCGGUCUCCGCCGUUGAGCUCGCCGGAGAAUAUCUCCGUCGGCUUUUCGGCGGUCUCAACCGCGGUGUGUUCGUCUUCGCCGUCAUAAACGUCCUGGUCGCCGUUAUUUUCUACUUGUCUAAUCUUCAAAAGCACAUCGAACACGAUUUGUACGGUCAAUACAUUUCCUCAUCGUCCGCCGCUUCCACGAGAUGCCCAGCAACUGACGAAGGAGAUAUCAUCGGAGACAAGCACGAGGCGGACGUUAACAUUAACGGUAAUAAUAACGUUCACGUCCACGCCGUUACUCCGAAGGAGAGAGAGAUCACCACUUGUUCCAUUAUCUCCAUCAGAGAACAUACAGCAGCAGAAUCAACCGAUCGUGUCGGAAGACGCGAAAUGACGGUUCUGGCACCGGCCGACGAGUGUGAGGGCGCCGUUAAAUCAGAAGGACGAACCCCAACGGCGAGGAGAGAGAUGGUUCGCGCGAUGAGCUCUCUUAUCGGCAGACGUGAAAUGACGGUUUUGCCUCUGGCCACGGAGGCGCAGGUCUACCGGAGAUCGACGUCAGAGAGGCUUGAUCGCCGGAGAAUCAGUCGGCGGUGGUGUGAAAUCGACGAUCUAAGCUCGGAGGAGUUCAGGACGACGGUGGAAACAUUUAUCGCCGGGAAGAAGAAGAAGAUGUCGCUGCCGGAAACAGUCCACGUGUUAUUAUAGAGUUUAUUAGGUCUAAAUUUCGAUUCAUGGAUAAAUAAAUUUUUUAUCUUAUUAUAACCAAAAAUUAUGAUAUGAAGGUGUCAAAAAGUGUAGUGCUAAUGAGAUUUUACAUUAGUGACAAAUCAUGUGAAUUUAAUUUCAUUUUCGUUGGAA